ACCAAUCCAAAUCACCUAUCAAACGUUUGGUGAUAGCAGCACUUGUAACCAGAUGUACUCUAUCUGCCACCGUCCAUGGCAAUUGUGCCUCCGCCAAUCGCCUCCACUCCUUCUUAAUCCUGCUCUGGACACCAUGACAGGAGACGCCGCAGCGCUGCCCCUCGUGGGCAAGAAGCUGAUGAGUAAGCUGGGCGGAAUGGCCAACGAGAGCGCGGCGGCAGAAGUGUCGGACUUUGCGCGGCGGCAGAUGGAGAAAAUGGGCUGGUCGGCCGGCAAAGGCCUGGGCAAGAACGAGCAGGGCGUCAAGUCUCACGUCAAGGUGAAGCGGCGUGAGGAGCUGCAGGGCGUGGGUGCAGAGAAGCAGGAGGUGAAGGAGCAAGCCAACCAGUGGUGGUACAAUGUGUACGACCGUAUGGCUAGCAAGAUCGUGGUCGACGCGUCGUCGGACGAGGAAGGAGAAGCGAAAAAGAAGAAAGUGAAGAAAGAGAAAAAGAGAAAGCGGGACGAGAAAGCAUCAAAUGAUCAGAAGUUCCGCAUCCCUACGGACGAGGAGCUCUUUGCUGCUACGGGUGGGAAGCUCUUUGGCCGUAGAGCUUACGGCUCCUGCAAGGGCAAGCUGAAACGUGACGAGAUGCAGCUGAAGAAGUCUAAGAAACAGGACAAGGACAGCGAGGAGCCUGUGACGACGAGCAGUGACACGAACGACGAGGAGGACAGAGAGAAACAGAGGAAAAAGGCCAAGAAGGAGGCCAGGAAGCUCAAAAAGAAGACCAAGAAGGAGAAGAAGCAGGAGGUAUAAUGGGACUGGGGCCUGUUUUAGAUUUUCAAAUGAAUUUUACUUUAUGUUUCAUUACUUUGGCAAUUUUUAAGGUAGUGCGUGUGAAGCAGUUAGCGGCACUGGUUGUAAACCAGUUUUUGGCCUUUAAAUAUUUAUUUUUAAUGAUAAAUAAAGUGCGUCUAUAGUUUAGAACACUC